AUGGCUGCAGCAGCCAAGCCGGAAGGGAAUGGAAUGGAUGUUCAAGGGCUUGCAGCUCUUUGGGAGGAAAGCGUUUCGGUGCGCACUGCUGUCCGUCAAACUGGGCUGUUGAUGCGAGUGCCUCCCGGUGCUCAGCUAUGCGACAGCACACGUGCGAAUGCAGUUGCAAAUUCUGAUGUUCUGCUUCCUUGCCUUUACCGCAUGUUUGCUUACGAGCUGAAGCUUCCUUACAUGGGCCCGCUGCAAACGGAGAUCGAGCUGUUCUUUCGACAGGUGCAUAUCCAGGUCACUGAAAAGUUGGCUUACAGAACAGCUGGUGAAAUCAAGAAGAUGUUGUCUUUCAUCAAGAGAAAGGCAAACAAGAAAGAAGAGCACAUCGACAUGUACAUGGCUGGAGCUAUGAGGCAAGCCAAUAUUGCCCAGGCUGCAAGGGAAGCCUUGCAGCGAGCUCGUAGCUCGGGAAGUUUGAGCAGUGAGAACGACGUGGACGAGGACGAGCCAGUCGAUGGGGAGACUGACUUGGAGGAGUUCCGUCGUUGGCUUGACGGGCAGCCUCGUGGGUCAAAGGAUGCAGCCUCUGCCUCAAGCGGCUCGAACCAUGCACCGUCCGCUGCAAGCAGAGCAGAGGCCUCGUCACGUGUGGAAGCCCCAGCAGGGCCUGUGCCAUCCGCACCAGAAGCUGCAUCCAGUGCAUCCUCCCAUGUGUUAGCCCCAGCAGCAGCCGCAUCCAGCAUGCCACCGCUAGCCCCAGCAGAAGCCGCAUCCAGCAUGCCACCGCUAGCCCCAGCAGAAGCCGCAUCCACCAUGCCACCGCUAGCCCCAGCAGAAGCCGCAUCCAGCAUGCCACCGCUAGCCCCAGCAGGAGCCGCAUCCAGCAUGCCACCCCCACCCAAAGCAUCAUCCCAUGUGCCAUUGCCAGCACAAGCCUCAUCCCAGGUGCUACCCCCAGCAGAAGCCUCAUCCGUGAACCCGAAAGCCGAAGCCUCAUCUGGAUCAGGAUCGUCAUCCGCCAACCCAAAGCGAUCAUCGCAAGCAGGGCUCCCAUCCGAAGCACAGGCCACACAGCCCGCGCUGAAGCGAUCAAAGGUGAUUGACAGUGCUGACAGCAGUGGGGUACCGAAGGUUGACAAGGCUCUGCAGUCGGCUUGGCAUGUUCCGGGCAACUGUGAGACGUGUUUGAAGGCUCCUGCGGAGUGCAACUCGAUAGCAUGUUAA